UCCAUCUUCAUCACCAUAGCUUCCUUUUUUCUCCCCCAGUUCACGUUGAAUCAGCGCAACAAUGGGUAAAGGAACAGACAAGCUCUAUAUUACACACUCAGAAUGGUCCUCAGUCGAUGCCUUCUCCCCAAGUGUUGGCGCAGGCGCGUCUUCUCGCAAUCAAAACGCCAGCGCAUCAUUUCGCCGUCUUCCCUUUAACUUUUGCGCAGCCAGUCUCCAACCCUUCAAGAACCCUGUCUGCACCCCUGAUGGAACAAUCUUCGACGUUGAGGUCAUCGGCGCCUGGCUUGACAAGCACCCCAACCAGAACCCCGUCACUGGCGAGCCUCUGCAAAAAAAAGAUCUGAUCCGUCUUAACUUUGCUCGGAAUUCAGAAUCAGACUCUCUUGGUGCGGGCUUGAGCGACGGAAAAGGCGACUUGAUCGAUCCCGUCACCUACAAAGUCUUCACCGACAACACACAUAUCGUUGCCAUUCGUCAUGGGAACUACGCCAAUGUCUUCGCUUGGGAUACGGUCGAGCGUAUGAAUAUCAAGGCCAAAUCCUGGCGCGACCUCGUCGAUGAUGAAGAGUUUACUCGCGCCGACAUAAUUACACUCCAGGAUCCCCAGAAUGCGGCCAGUCGCAACCUGGACCAGUUCAAGUAUCUGAAGGAUGGCGAGCAGGCGCAAUUGACCAAGGAACAGGAGGAUGAGCGCAAUGCUGGAAAUAUCAAUUCCAGUGCAUUAGGAAGCAUGAGCGACAAGGUUUCACGUGCGAAAGCCGCUGUGGAGAAGGCGCGCAAGGCUCGUGAGCAAGGCGGUGAUGUCAACCGUAGCUCGACUGCCCUCACCAAGCCUGCUGCUGCCAAUAAUGUUGUCCGCCACUCUAUGAUCAAGGACAAGAAGCUGGCUGCUAACUCGGCAGCGUACACCACGGGCAAAGCCGCAGCCAGUUUCACCAGCACCGGACUGACACCUGAGACGAGCGGCGAGAGAGCUCUGCUGACGGAUGAGGAGUAUAUGCUAAAGCCUAAACGAGUCAAGACAACCGGGUAUGCCAGAAUAGAAACAAAUCUGGGUGACAUAACAAUCGAGCUGUAUCCUGAGUUUGCACCCAAGGCUGUGUGGAAUUUCGUCAGGUUAGCACAGACUGGCUACUACAAGGGUGUAGCCUUUCAUCGAAACAUUCCAAACUUUAUGAUUCAGGGCGGUGAUCCAUCAGGCACGGGCCGAGGCGGGCAGAGCAUAUGGGGAAAGUAUUUCGAUGAUGAGUUCGAUGGUCCAAUGUCACACAAUGCCCGUGGAACGAUCUCUAUGGCCAACAAGGGCAAGAAUACAAACUCAAGUCAGUUUUUUAUUGCGUAUAAGCCCACGCCACACCUUGACCGCAAGCACACAGUCUUUGGAAAGGUUGUCGAGAAUCUCAAUGUUCUUUCCAAGAUGGAGGAUGUACCUACCGAUGGGUCUAACCGACCCCUCAACAAGAUUGUUAUCAAAGACAUCAUUAUCUUUCACGAUCCUUUCGCCGAGUUUCAGAAACAGAAACAGGAAAACGAGCGUCAUACCAAGGAACAGGAGAAGAUUCGGUUACAAGGUGGCACAGACGAUGACAAGACAACAUGGACCGGCAAACGGAUACGGAAUGACGGCACUGUCGAGAGCACAAGAGCCGGUGAGAGCGUUGGCAAAUACCUCAAGACCGCAACUCAGCAGACCACAACGACGACCAACGAGGCUGAUAUUGAGGACGUUGACACGUGGGAGGAACCAGCACGUAAGAAGAUCAAGGGGGGUGGUUUUGGAAACUUUGACAGUUGGUAAAUUAGGCAACGGGAAGCAUUUUGUCCAUGCUUGGCUGCAAUGCGUCGGUAAUCCAUCCAAAAGGUGCUGGGUAUGUGCACUCUACAUCUCGUCUCAUCCGACAAAAAUCAUGCUGAGAAUUGGGAAAAGCCCGUUGGUAUUACAACCAUGACAUACAACUUGUCGCCAUAUAUCUCAAUUUGAUGACCGAUCGAACGGUGACAAGUAAUGGGAAGCGAAUCCAAAUAUCGCACACUCAAGUCGGGUGGGCGUGCAGAUGGAUUAGACUGUUGACGGUAGAGCGUUUGCGUCAACCGUGGGAAGCUUGCUGAGAAGUGAUGGGCUGAGAGUUAGGGGGUUAUCCUUCUCCUGUAAUAGUCCCGCAACCACACGCGCUUGCUCCAGACCAGUUUCUCUGUGGAUAGCUUGCAGGCCCUCGAUGGCAUAUUGCUUUGUUUCUGAGGAACAUGCCGAUGACAUACCGAGCAUGUACAAUGGCCAGAUGAUAGUGUUAUUUGCCGACGCAAGGCUCAUGAAACGAGUGGCAUCGUCGGUGUGGGGCGUCGACUGCGUUGGAUCAAAUAGCACCGGACUACCACCGCUGCUGGAGGUAUCCUCUCCCGGGCCGACUCGUGAGUCUUGCGCAAAUGGCGACGAUAUAACACGGCAUGCUUGUUUCUUGGCUGCAAUCGAAACCGUGUGCCCUUGGUCCUUCUUGUUGUUGAUGUCCCGGAUACUGACAACUCCGAGAUGCUGGGGAACACUGGCUGCAAUUGAUUGUCCUAGCAUAUCCAACACUUUAAGAGAUUUGGCAAGUAACUGGAAAUGAUUGUCUGAUAGUACAGUGCGGUCAGCUGAACCCGCAGCAACGCAAAGCUGCUCGACGAGCGUUUCCAGCAGCAUCAUCCUUAUUCCUCGCACCAUAUUCCAAGUGGUGGAUUGACGAAGCCCCGCAUAAACGUGGCAUAUUUGUCCUGAUACUCGAGGGUCCGGUUGCGUCAGUUGUAUGCGAUGGUACUUCCAAGAUUCUGGCAGUCCGGACAGUAUCGAUGAGAAUUCCUCCUCAACAUUUGAUAUGGCGGCGACAGCAUCAUCAAGGUCGACUAGGUUUCUCGUGUUGAUAUCGUAGCGCACCUGUAGUGCUUUGUAUAUGGGGUAUGCCACAUGAAAGUCAGGUCCCCCGAGUUCUUCAGAAGGAGGAAUCUCGUGUCGAAGGUCUAUUAGUGUUUGUGGCAUAGGUAGGCCGCUCUGUAUGCAGCUUAUAAGAACUGUAUGGCAAAGCAUGAGAAACAUGCGAGCACCAGCUUUGCUUCGAAACUGGGCAGCACCUCUGAUGUUUGCCAGGGCAGCAGCUCCGUUGACGUGGUCUUGCCAGGCACGCAUCGUAUGAGAGCUAUAUCCCGAAACAAACUCGAAAGUGCCGAGUAUCAAGACGGCGAGCAUGGUUGUGUCUUUUACGACUUCGAUUGGGUCGCGAAGUGCACGGUGCGUCAAUCCGAGGGCGAUAGCAUAGCUCUCUUGUGCCCGUGUCAUAAGAUCUGGGGACCGGAAAACCUGUGAGCAUCCUGCAAGUCCGACAGCUGUCAUACUGACAGUGACUGGAUCAACUUGAGCCUGUGCCGAGUCCGGAGGUUUCCAUACAUCGUAAAUGAAAGCAUAGUUUUGAUAAGAGCCUCUGUCGGCUGCAACGUAGCGAGAGAAGAAAAAGGCAGUGCCCUUGUCUUGUAGUUCGGGUGACAGAGCGUCAUCCAAGUGAUCGCGGCCUUCAGUUGGUUCACUUAGACCAAUGACAUCGCUGGCGUCACUCGGGCUUUCAUGAGAGGUUUCCGAUGGAGACCGGCUCCAGUCGUUAAUCAAGGCGGAAAGAACAGGCGCGCGGCAUCGAGUGUUAGAUUUCCGAGCACGUCUGACCUUGACCUUGUUUGAUUUCUCUGUCUUAGUGGCAGGGGCAGGGGCUGCACUAGACCUCGGGUCAAUAGCGAACGUUGGUGGUGACUUGUUAGUCACAACCGAUGGUGGGGGAGAUGUUAAGGCCGAGGCGAGUUCCUGGUUAACGGGACUCUUUUGUGAUUGACUGGAUCGAGCCCGUGUCUUGACCGCUUUCUUGAUAACAUGAGAGCUUUCAUCUCUAAACAUUAGAUCGACGAGAUUGCGAUAGCCAGGGCAUGGCUGGUUCUUCUUCUCGCAUUGCGUGCAUGCCGGCUCCUUUUGGUCACACUUGAUUUUGAUACUCACAUGUCAGUAAGAGCACUGGGAAACAGGCUGAGAUGACGACGGCCGGGAGGCCAUGGGUAUUUGCCAGAACUCAUAUGGAUUGCGGUGAUGGACCAACUCACCCGAAUCUUACGACGGCGGCAGGUGGAGCAGCCACCAGAGGGCUUCCCGCAAUAUACCAUGAUGGCUUGUAUAAAGAGGCAAGGCGCACGGCCUCGUGAUCAGAAUCCCAGACUUGUCAAGUCAAGAUAAGAGAAUGUGAGGUCAAAAAGGGAUGACGCUAUGGCAGUCAUGACAUGAUGGGCACCUAUUAGUGAGAGAGCUAUCACAGCAAGGUCGAAAAGACCGUGUAUGGAGGAGGUCGUCUAAGAAGCUCUUGGCUUAAGAUAGGUUCCAAGGGGUGACGGUAACUGUUGGCGGGGAUCGACAGAGGCGGCUAGGAACCCGGGAAGUGCGGAGUGUUUGUGUGAUAUGAUGGAUUGUCCCCGAAGUACGUCAGUAUCAGUGAAUUGGCCUGGUCUGGGGUAUCGUAAUUCGUAAAUCGUAAGUCAUAACUCCGUAAAGUCGGGAGUCGAUAUCAGAAACGAGAGAAAACCAGAAUAAUUAUUUCGGGGCGGGACCAAAGGAACGGAAUUGAAGAAACAAGGAUCUAUGGCCAAAGAUUAAUUUAGAUGUGAGAGGGAAAAGUAUCUUUGGUAGGGAGCAAGGUAGGUCGAGCCAUAAGGUGAGGACCCAUGCACAUAUGCAACUGGAAGGAGGAAUAAGGGUUGUAUGCGGAAUGAUUGGAUCUCUUCCUUCCUUCCUUUGGAUUGGAUUGGACAUGAUGCAACUUGUUAGCUGCAGAUUGGGUGGGCAGGCGCGGGCCUGGCUGUGCUCCUCCUCUUCCAGGUUGUCUUGGUGCGCAGUUCAGUGACUUUAUUACAUAUUACCAAUGAUGGUAGUCUUGCCCCCCAAUUUGAGAUUCAUAGUGGAGGUGACCUGUAUAUCUGUAUACCCUAUAAGAGGGAAACACUAUGAAAUAUUUAUUUCUGGUAUUGACAAUAAGGUAUGACCUAAUUCGCAUACUCUCCGAGUGGCAGGAGUCAGACUCAGUGGUCACCCUGUACCUCGGAAAUAAAACUUGAGGCCCUC